GCCUAUAAAUAAGGGCCAAUUGUGGGAGUGAGGAAGGCACGAGCAAAGCGGAGUGAGGAGAGUAGUCCACAACUCCGGCCGGCCACUACGACUCUACGAGUACGUACACUGCAAAUUAAAGCUCAAGAUGGCCGCAACAGCGGGCAGGACCGCGGGCGCAUUGGCCGUCCUGCAGCUCGCCUCCAUCGUCGCCGCUGCCGUCCUCCUCUCCUCCCCACCUGCGGCUGCUGCUGAGCCGUCUGUGGACUUCAUUGACGUGGUGGCGUGCUCGCAGUCGCAGGUGGACUCCAUCGUGCGCUCAGCCGUGCAGGCGGCGCUCCAGCGUGAGAUCGCCCUCGCCGCCGGCCUCAUCCGUAUCUUCUUCCACGACUGCUUCCCGCAGGGCUGUGACGCGUCGGUUUACUUGAGUGGCGCCAACUCGGAGCAGGGGAUGCCGCCCAACGCCAACUCGCUGCAGCCGCGGGCGCUGCAGCUGGUGGAGGACAUCCGCGCCAAGGUGCACGCCGCAUGCGGGCCCACCGUCUCCUGCACCGACAUCUCCGCGCUGGCCACCCGCGCGGCCGUCGUCCUCUCCGGCGGGCCCACCUACCCCGUUCCCCUCGGCCAGCUCGACAGCCUCGCCCCGGCCCCGCUGCGCCUCGUCAACCAGCUCCCGGGCCCGGGCACCUCCAGCGUCCAGGCUCUCAUCGACCUGUUCGGGAGCAGGGGCAUGGGAGACGCCGCCGACCUGGUGGCGCUCUCCGGCGGCCACACCGUGGGGAAGUCAAAGUGCGCCUUCGUGAGGCCCGUGGACGACGCCUUCUCCCGGAAGAUGGCCGCCAACUGCAGCGCCAACCCCAACACGAAGCAGGACCUGGACGUCGUCACCCCCAUCACCUUCGACAACGGCUACUACAUAGCGCUCACCAGGAAGCAGGGGGUGUUCACCUCCGACAUGGCGCUCAUCCUGGACCCCCAAACUGCGGCCAUCGUCAGGCGGUUCGCGCAGGACAAGGCCGCCUUCUUCACGCAGUUCGUUACGUCCAUCGUCAAGCUGAGCAAGGUGCCGAGGCCCGGCGGGAACAAAGGCGAGAUCCGCCGCAACUGCUUCAAGACCAACAGCGGAGCACGCCUCGUGGACGUCGUGGAGGGCUUCGCUGCCUCUGCUUAAUUCAUGUCAUGUCGCUCAUCGAUCAUAAUCGAGAUGAAUAUCUAGGGUCGACAUCAUUAUGCCGUUGUAUGUGUGACCUAGUACGUCCGCCCCUUUUGGGCCCGGUCGGUCGGUCUCGCCAGUAUGGCCUUUGUAUGUUUCGUUACGGCCGUGCGCGCGUUAAUAAGAUGUACUCCCGCACCGUAAUAAUUAUGUUGUUUUAAUUUUUUUUAUCUUUAAGUAAAAAAAAAUCUUCUCCAA